UCGUUAGCGUUUGUUUAUCCCAGUUCCCAUCCUCUUCACCGUCCCCGCCGCUGGCCGUGCGGUCAACCAUGUUCAUCUAUUUGAGCAAGAAGAUUGCUAUUCCUAAUAAUAAUCAAUUGAGAUGUGUUUCAUGGAAUAAAGACCAAGGAUUUAUUGCGUGUGGGGGGGAAGACGGCCUUUUAAAAGUGCUGAAACUUGAAACACAAACAGAUGAUACGAGAUUAAAGGGACUGGCUGCACCCAGUAACCUUUCCAUGAAUCAAACACUGGAAGGACACAGCGGUGCUGUACAAGUGGUGACUUGGAAUGAGCAGUACCAGAAGUUGACAACUAGUGACCAGAAUGGUCUCAUUAUUGUGUGGAUGUUGUACAAAGGGUCUUGGUAUGAGGAAAUGAUUAAUAACAGAAACAAAUCUGUGGUUCGCAGUAUGAGCUGGAAUGCUGAUGGACAGAAAAUCUGUAUUGUGUAUGAAGAUGGUGCUGUCAUUGUGGGUUCAGUGGAUGGUAAUCGUAUUUGGGGUAAGGAAUUGAAGGGCCUCCAAUUAACUCAAGUUGCAUGGUCACCAGACAGCAAGAUUCUUAUAUUUGGCAUGGCAAAUGGAGAAAUACACAUCUAUGAUAGCCAAGGGAAUUUUAUUGUAAAGCUGGUGCUGCAGUGUCUUGCCAAUGUGACUGGUGCAGUCAGCAUUGUUGGUAUCCAUUGGUACUCAGGAACUGAGGGAUAUGUUGAACCAGACUGUCCCUGCUUAGCUAUCUGCUUAGACAAUGGUCGAUGUCAAAUAAUGCGUCAUGAGCAUGAUGAAAAUGCUGUCUUGAUUGAUACUGGUAUAAAUGUGGUUGGCAUUCAGUGGAACUACUGUGGUAGUGUAUUGGCUGUUGCUGGUUCCCAAGUAUCAGUUGGACAGGACAAGCAGAUCAAUGUUGUGCAAUUCUACACUCCAUUUGGUGAGCAUUUGCGCACAUUAAAAGUGUCUGGCAAGCAGAUGUAUGCAGUGUCAUGGGAAGGAGGAGGGCUGAGAAUUGCACUUGCUGUUGAUUCUUUUAUUUAUUUUGCCAACAUCAGACCGGAUUACAAGUGGGGUUAUUGCUCUAACACAGUCGUGUAUGCAUAUACCAGACCAGAUCGACUGGAAUACUGUGUAGUCUUUUGGGACACCAAGAACAAUGAAAAGUAUGUAAAGUACGUAAGGAGUCUGAUUUCAAUAACUACAUGCGGAGACUUUUGCAUUUUAGCAACCAAAGCUGAUGACAGUUCUCCACAGUAUGUUCUAGUAUUGUGUAAUUCCAUUGGAACACCCUUGGAUUCAAAAUAUAUUGACAUUGAUCCACUAUUUAUAGCCAUGACAAAAACACAUGUAAUUGUGGCCUCUAAGGAAGCAUUUUACAUCUGGCAAUAUCGUGUCGCCAAGAAACUCACAGCAAUGGAAAUCAACCAGGUAGCACGAACAAGGAAGGAGGGGCGGGAAAGAAUUUAUCACGUUGAUGAUGAAUCAUCAGUUACAGGAGACAGUACUGUGGAUUUCAGCAAAACUUUGUCGACAACAAAGGAUGCUAUCUGCUGUAUCACCGCUUCUGACAAAAUAUUGAUUGUGGGUCGUGAAUCAGGGAAAAUUCAGAAAUAUAGUUUACCAAAUGUUAGUCUGUUACAAAAGUAUUUGUUCAACUACAGAAGUUAUCAAUUAUCAUUGAACUGUAAUUCCAGCCGCCUUGCCAUCAUUGAUAUUGCAGGUGUUCUGACAUUUUUUGACCUUGAGACAAGAACAGUGGACAGUACAGGGCAGCAAGUAGUGGGCGAACAGCUAAAAUUUGAGCGUAAAGAUGUGUGGGAUAUGAAGUGGGCAAAUGACAACCCAGAUUUGUUUGCUAUGAUGGAGAAGACCAGAAUGUAUGUGUUUCGAAACUUGGAUCCUGAGGAACCAAUUCAAACAUCUGGGUAUAUAUGCAGUUUUGAAAAUUUGGAAAUCAAAUCUGUACUUUUGGAUGAAAUUUUGAAGGAGCCAAGCCAGCCCAAUAAGGACUACAUCAUUAAUUUUGAAAUUCGUUCUCUACGUGAUAGCCGAAGUCUCAUAGAAACUGUUGGAAUUGAAGACGCCUGUGCGUUCAUUGAAGAAAACCCUCACCCAAGACUUUGGCGCUUACUUGCAGAAGCUGCUCUACAGAGACUUGACCUUAAAACGGCAGAACAGGCAUUUGUCCGUUGUAAGGAUUACCAGGGGAUUGAGUUUGUAAAACGUCUAGGAAAUCUUCAAAGUGAAUCCAUGAAACAAGCGGAAGUUGCAGCAUAUUUUGGAAGAUUUGAGGAAGCUGAGAGAAUGUAUCUAAACAUGGAUAGAAGAGAUCUGGCUAUUGAUCUAAGGAUCAAGUUGGGAGAUUGGUUUCGAGUUUUGCAAUUGUUAAAAACUGGUUCUGGUGAUGCUGAUGAUGCUCUACUUGAGCAAGCCUAUAAUGCCAUUGGAGACUAUUUUGCCGAUCGUCAAAAGUGGAUGAAUGCUGUUCAGUACUAUGUUCAAGGCCGGAAUCAGGAGCGACUGGCAGAGUGUUAUUACAUGCUUGAGGAUUAUGAAGGUUUGGAAAAACUGGCAAAUGCCCUACCAGAAAAUAACAAACUGCUUCCUGAUAUAGCCCACAUGUUUGUUACUGUGGGUAUGUGUGAGCAAGCUGUCGCUGCAUUCCUCAAAUGUAACCAAGCUAAAGCUGCAGUUGAGACCUGUAUACAUCUGAAUCAGUGGAAUAAAGCUGUUGAAUUGGCCAAGAAUCACAAUAUGAAAGAAAUUGGAUCCCUUUUGGCUAAGUAUGCAUCUCAUUUGUUGGAGAAGAAUAAAACUUUGGAAGCAAUUGAACUUUACCGAAAGGCCCAUCAUUUCCUUGAUGCUGCAAAGCUCAUGUUUAAGAUUGCUGAAGAAGAAGCAAAAAAGAGAACCAAGCCGUUACGUGUUAAGAAACUUUACGUGCUGGCAGCACUGCUUGUGGAAGAUUAUCAUGAACAGAUAAAGAACACUCAGAGAGCAAAAUUGAAAGGCAGACGAUCAGAGGCUACAACAGCUCUAGCUGGGUUACUUGAAGAAGAUGCUUCUUUGUCAGAUAAUCGUAUUAUUGAUAAUGCUUGGCGUGGGGCUGAGGCAUAUCACUUCUUCCUGCUCGCACAGCGUCAGCUUUAUGAAGGCUACGUAGAUGCUGCAAUGAAAACUGCACUUCAUCUGCGGGACUAUGAAGACAUAAUUCCCUCAGUGGAGAUUUACUCUUUAUUGGCCCUCGCUGCCUGUGCAAAUCGGGCUUUUGGGACAUGUUCAAAAGCUUUUAUCAAGCUUGAAUCUUUAGACAUGCUGACUUCAGAACAGAGGCAACAAUAUGAAGACCUUGCCCUUGAGAUCUUCAUCAAGCACAGUCCUAAAGAUGGCAAGAAAUCCGAUUUGGACAGUCUCCCAGAAGGAGGAGAAGGGAAACUUCCAACUUGUGUUGUGACAGGUCGGCCAAUUGCAGACUACCAGUUCUGGAUGUGCGGUGUCUGUAAACAUUGUGCUCAUGAACAGGAUAUAAGCAACCAUAAUUUUUGUCCCCUGUGUCAUAAUCCUGUAGGAUAGAUCAGCAAAGGCUAAAGUAAACUUUAUUUUAAAAAGCAGUAUUGGUUUAGAAAUGCCUGCACAGAUUUAUUAUGGCAUUCAAAUAGUUGUUUGAAGAAUUGUCUGUAUUUUUGUAAUUUACAGCCCCCUCCAAAGUCUCAUUGAACUAAUAUCACAAGGGAUGUUUGUAUUAUUUUCCAGUUCAGAAACAUACAGAUAUCAAACAUUCCCAAGUCAUUCAAAGUGUACUUAAGCAACAUGAAAUUUCUUAAGAUGUAUGAUAUACGUACUAACUAGCAUCAAAUUUAUACUUUUUUCUAUUGAUAU